AUGCCAAUUGCGCCGAUCAUCACAUUCAAGGCCGGCCAGUGCGAGGUCGAUACCUCGACCAAGCCUUUCAAGGUGAAGCCGCAAUCCGAGCCAGGUUAUAUCUAUCUAUACUCCGAGGAUGAUCUCGUGCACUUCUGCUGGCGGAAGCGGAGCGACCCGCUGGACCAGCCCGAGCUUGAUCUAAUUAUGGUGCCUACCGACGGUAGCUUCGUUCCCUACGAGUACACUACGACCCCUCAGCCUACAUCCAAGACCGACGGCCGCAUAUUCGUUCUCAAGUUCUCUUCUUCCUCUCAGCGAUACCUCUUCUGGCUGCAGUCGAAGCCCCAGAGCCGGAACGGCGAUCCCAGCUACUUCAGCCCCCGGGAUCGCAAGAUUGGUGACAUUGUUCACCGUUUGCUGCAGGGCGACGAGGUCGAUGUGACCAGAGAGCUUGCGGCUGUCCGCAACAACGAUGACCGACCCGAUGACGGAGACGAGACCAUGGAGGACGUCGAGGGCCACCGUGACCCUCAUGACCACCGUGGAAGCGGCAGCGGUGGUGCUGGCCCCGAUGCCACCGGAGGAGAUGUCCGAGAGGAGGGCGAGGGCUCGCGAGAAGGAGGAGCUGAUGGUGCGAGAGCGGCCUCUUCGUCAGCCCCUGAUGCUGCCGCCGCCGUGAGGAACUUUCUGGAGUCUCUUCGAGGCCAGUCCGGACUUGCUGGAGGACAGCAACAACGUGGGGGUGAUAAGGCGUACCCAUACCUCAACCACCUACUGCCGACCUCGAUCACAGUGCCCAUGAUCGACUCAGCCACCGAGGAGUUUGCCGAUACCCUGAUCAGUUUUCUCCCGCCUACCGUCGUCGUCCUCGCAAGCGGCUCAUCGGAUGUUGAUGGAAAGUCGGACCCUUCAGCGGCUGCUGUUGAGGCGGCCAAGGCUUCCCUCUCGCUGGACGAUAAGCGCAGCCUACUGAAGAAGGUUCUUCGAAGUCCACAGUUUAACCAAGCUCUGGCAAGUUUGACCAUGGCUAUUCGAGAUGGAGGACUGCCAAGCAUCGCAGAUGCUCUUGGAGUGAAGGUCCAGGAUGGCGGAUAUCUGCGUGGAAGUGGAAUGCCAAUGGGCGGAGGCCAGGCUGUCGAGGCCUUUGUUGAGGGUGUCAAGAAGACAGUCGAGGAGGAGAAGAAGUAA